AUUUACACCUGUGUAUUUACACGGAAUAAACAGGUGGUGGUUCACCGCUGAUCGUAGAUGGGGCAGCUUCUUCCAUAGCGUUCAUUAACUCCGCUGCCAAUUCUUCUUCACUGGAGAAAUUACUGCGCAUCCUGCGACAGAUGCUUUCUGAUUGACACCGUGAUCCAGUAUGAAAAUGCACAAGUACCAACCGACAUAACAACUGAAAUGAAUGUAAAAUGAGAACAGCUAAGAAAGGCAAUGAUUAUGACAAUUUCAAUCGAAGCCAUGUAUGCACAUGAGAAGGCAACACACCUGAAACAAUAUUGCCGAUCGAAUUUGAGCGGAAUAAUUGACACAGUCUACUUCGUGGGCCCCAAAUGUCCAUUAAACAUGCAAGGAAGCUGCUAAAUGUAGCACAACAUAGGAAACCCAUGAUUAUCUUCAAUUUCAAGAUGGUAUCAUCACUGUAACAUAACUUUUCUAAAAGCACGAAGAGUUGCGUGACACAACUGACAAAAAACGACAAAACGACUCAAGGAAAUACACGAACGCCAGUCAUAACAAUCAGAACGCUUGUUUGAAAAACGUACGCACACAAAUACCAGCAAAUAACCGAACAGCAUCAAUUCAGGACGAAAAUACAAAAAAUAAAUCACUAGCAGGCAUGCCGUAAACAUAAACGAAAUUCGAUAUCAUCAUUGUUGACAAACGGUGGUGAAAGUACUGGAUCAUCUUCACAUGACAAAUUGACAACUUACUCAAAUCGCUGUUUGCCUUCAAAGAAAGCAUUUUAUAGAUUCCUAUGUGAUGUCUUCGGCAAUAUCCUUCUUUGACAGAAAACCAUCUCGGUUCAACGAGGGCAGUAGCAAGGAAUAUGACAGAAGUCAAGCCGAAGAAAGCCGACACUAAAUUACGUUGAGAAAGUGGCUUUGGUCUGUAUCGUACAUGACUUGAAUGUGACUGUCGAUUGUUAAAUAAUCCAACCGGAGCGAACAUUUUAAACGUGUCUUCACGUUGUUUUCUUAUCAGGAAAGUACCAACUAUUUAAAACGAAUUCUCGGUUCAGGUAAUUCUUUGAACCCCAGCGAGAUCGAUAUUUUCCCGUCUCCUUUCUUUCUUCCCCCGUCAAAAAUAUCACGAAUGUUGCCGGAAAGUGUCGAAAAGUACUCGAGCUUCGUUCGCCAUAUGUCAAUUUGGUGAAUGGAAUUACAUUCUCGUGCAACAUAAGCAAAUAUUACGGAUUUCAGACAGGAGUUUUAAAAAAAGACAAAUAAAGGAUCAAACUUAUGUGCAACGGGAUCCAUCGCAUCGUGCAAAUGAGCGUACAUUAAUUCAAUACAAGGAAAUUUCAAUGACUUUCACAAAAAAACACAGAUGAUCCUCGAGAGUAAAUUUGUAAGUUCUUGAACGUUGUCUUCGUUCGAUCAACAGCUCAUGCAGAACGCGUGCAAAUAGACGAGAAAGCAUGGAAGAGAGAUCAGAAGAACCGGAUUUGAGAUGCGGAUGGCUAUCGUGGAAACCAAAGUUUAUGCAGCAAUUCAACAAUCCAAAAUGGUUCCUCUUCUUCUUCACCGUGUUCUCUUGUGUUCAAGGGAUGAUAAUCAAUGGUUUCACAGCGGCAGGUUUGACCUCAAUGGAGAGACGUUUUCAACUGAGCAGCAAACAAGCCGGCAUGAUCGUUGCCGCACACGACGUCUCAUCCUUGAUAUUUGUCGUGUUUAUCAGCUACUACGGUGAAAACAGACAUAAAGCUAGGUGGAUCGGGAUAGGGGCACUGGUAACCAGUAUAGGCUGUCUAUUUUUUGCUUUACCGCACGCCUUGGUAGGAAAAUACUCCCCUAACGAACAGGUGGGAAACUCGUUAGAGAAAUCGUUAUGUCGAGGUCUCAAUCAUAACAUGACGAAUACUUGUGAAAAUUUUUCUGCGUCGGACUGGAAAUACAUGUUUAUCUUUAUUGGAGCAAAGUUGGUUCUUGGUGUUGGUAUGACCCCGGCCUUCACCCUCGGUCCUGCAUAUAUCGACGAGAAUGUACCCCCGGAAGUUGCACCUAUGUAUAUCGGGGUUUGGUUCAUUGCGACAUUCUUUGGUCCGGGAGUGGGUUAUCUUGCUGGUGGUACGUUAAUGAACAUAUACGUGGAUUUAAUAGAGCCUCCUGACAUGGAUCUCACGCCGUCUGAUCCUCGAUGGGUAGGAGCCUGGUGGCUAGGUUAUUUUGCGGGAGGCCUCUUGCUUUUGAUGACGUCUUUACUGAUCAUGGCCUAUCCCCGUGAAAUGCCUGGCACCCAAGAGAUUAGGACACGAGCUAUUCGCGACGGAAAGGUAAAGGAGAAAAAUCAAAACCUCCACGGUCGACUCUCCGAGAUCAUUCCAGCGACGAAGUCCCUCGUGUGCAAUGCAGUUUACAUGUGUAAUACACUGGCGUUGACCGGAACGGGACUCGUUGUCACCGGACUUGCACCCUUCAUCUCGAAGUUCUUACAGUCACAGUUCGGGGCGAACACGGCAGAUGCAGGCAUCUUUGCCGGUGUGGUAAUCGUCCCCGGUACUGCGGGCGGUAUCAUCUUGGGUAGUUAUCUGAUUAAGAGACUGGAUCAAAGAGUCGUGUGUAAACAUGCAGCGAAGUACUGCCUCAUCUUCUCAUUUGUCGGAAUUUUCGGAAUGUUGACGUUCUUAAUUCCCGGAUGUAACACGGCAGAAAUUGCUGGCGUCAAUGCCCCGUACAUACAUCCCACGCGCAUGAAAAUCAUUCAGAAUGUAUCGUCGUGCAACAGAUUUUGCAACUGCAACAAGAUGAACUACCUUCCAGUUUGCGGCAACAACAACAUUACGUAUUUCGAUUCUUGUCACGCCGGAUGUUCCAUCAUCUUUGAAAACAAGACGUAUUCCAAAUGUGCUUGUGUUGCCAAAACGUUGAAUGUUUCGUUGACCGAGAGUUCAGCAACGCCUGGAAUAUGUGACAAAAACUGUAAGAAUCUCGUCCCAUUCCUUGUGGGAGCAUUUUUCCUACUCUUCACUAACUUCAUCGUUGCUACGCCAAACAAGACGGUCGUUUUGAGAUCAGUGCCCUUCAAUCAAAGGGCAUACGCCUUAGGGUUUCAAUGGCUGAUCAUGUCGUCGUUGGGAUCAAUGCCUGGUCCGGUAUUGUUUGGUACAUUCAUUGACAAGACGUGCAACCUUUGGGAGAAAAGAUGCAACGAGAAGGGCGCAUGUCUUGAAUACAACAACGCACAACUCAGUUACCUCAUCCUCGCUGCAGGCUUGUUAUUUCAAGUUGUUGCGACCAUUUUGUACUUUCUUUCGUGGUAUUUUUGCAAGUCUAAUAAACCGUUCGACUUGGGGGAGAAAAGUUUCGUUACUGCCGAUGAUGCUUCAGUGGACUAUGAAAAACAGAGGGUGGAACAAGCCCUUGACACUGGUUCGCCAAUGAUUCAAGUCCGGAGCCUGGAAACCGACGAUGACGUCAAUGACAUAAGCGGUAGUCGGUUGUCCCUGAUGUCACUGACGGCUCACGGGAUGGGUAACGUUGCAAGAUAUCCAUCUGCAACACUUGAUAACCUAUUAUAACCUUUUAUAUUUUUUCCAUGAAUCACAUGGGAGAAAAUCUAGGAAUAUUUUAAGUAAACAUUUUGACGGUGUUUUUUUCCAUAUAAUGUUUACAUCCGAAAGCUCGCGUAGGUAUUUAAAUUUAAAUAAUUGUUUUUAAAUUAAUGUAAAUAUUGAUUUGAGCCCUCCGUCAUCGAGCGAGGGCGACAGUAUUUUAGAAUUAUCGAAAUUGUUUAAAUGAAAAAUAAAUGAUGCACCAGGGGAA